AUGAUGAAGAGCCUCAAUCAGCCAUCUUCGGCCGACCAUAUUAGCAGCUUGGGCAAAUCGCAGCUUUUGAUUAUCGGGAUAUCUGCUGAAGUCCAUCUCCUGGGUGGAAAGAUUAUCAGAAAGCUACCUCGUAGUGAUGAAGAUAUACAAUCGAUCAUCCGCGAAGCUAUGAUAUAUGAAGCUAUUGGCCCUCAUGCACGCAUUGCCGAAUGUAUGUCUAUGGGUAGCCACGGUCAGCAUGUCGACAUCAAGUAUUACCCUCAUGGUGACCUUGCUGCUUAUAACCAGCGCAAUUCCAUCACCUCUGAGCUUCAGUCGAAGUGGUUCCAACAGAUAAUUGAGGCUAUUGUUGUUAUACACUCUUUGGACAUCAUCCAUUCCGAUUUGGCAUUACGGCAAUUUUUCGUUGACGAUAAUCUCGACCUACGGUUGGGGGAUUUCAAUUUUGCACAAUGCCCUAGGCAUCCAGCGCUUGGUUAUGAAAAAGCAUCGCAUUGUUUGCCUCGGGAUUACGACCUGCCGAAUACGGAAAUCUCUGAUAUCUUUGCUAUGGGGUCAACUCUCUAUGAGUUAGUCACUGGUAAAGCACCAUACAGCGAGUUGAACGUGCUUGAAUCAAAUGACCCCGGUGCUAUCAAAGCACAUAUUAAACGACAGCACGAGGUGGUUGACUUUGAGAUAGAAAGGCGAUAUAGAAACCAUGAGUAUCCAGAUGUCACCAAGAUCCCGCAUGGUGAUAUAAUACUAGGCUGCUGGCGAGGAGAUUUUGUUACAGCAAAACAAGCGCUGGAAAGCUUUCUGAAUCCUGUGAAAAUAGAAAACCGCUAA